GUAGCGUGAGGAGCGGCUAUGUAUGUCUGGUUCUUAGCGACCUGUCAUAAAUCGACCCCAUGAGAAUACCUGCCUACUCUCAUUUUCUUAGAGUAAUGUUUUGUGAAUCAUGGCUGAAGAUCGCCACGGAUUUUUUCUGAAAUCCUUUAUCGCAAUCCCAUUUCCCUUUUAAAAUCUACGCGGCAUAAAUUGCGCUUUAAUUUUUCUAAUUAUCGCAGUUUCUGGCCGCCCUCCUAGCAACAUCACAGCUUGAAGUAUUAAUACAAACGACUUGGUAAAGAUGGCUGACAGUGAACAUUUGCCCGAGUCAAAUGUCGACGUGCUUAUUAUCGGCGCCGGACCAGCAGGGUUGAUGGCUGCUUGCUGGAUGGCACACUGCGGUGUGUCAACUCGUAUCAUUGAUAAAAGGGGCACUAAGAUCUUCUGCGGACAAGCAGAUGGGCUUCAAUGUCGUAGUCUUGAGAUAUUCGACAGUCUCGGCUUCGCAGAUCGAGCAUGGAAUGAAGCGCACCAUAUGAUUGAGAUAUGUAUGUGGAAUCCUGGCCCUGAGGGCGUGAUACGCCGUUCAGAUCGCAUUCCAGAUACGAUUGUAGGCCUUUCUCGAUUCCAGCAAAUUACCCUACAUCAGGGACGCGUCGAACGCUUUUUCCUAGACAAUAUCAAAAAGUACUCCAAGGACACCAUCAAAGUAGAGCGCGGGGUUAUUCCCGAGUCUCUUGAGAUUGAUGAGCUGAAAGUCAAGGACCAGUCUUCCUACCCAGUUACUGUAAAGUUACGUCACCUCACCGACGAAGAGGCCACGCCUAAACAGCAGAUCAGCGCAAGCAAGAUCUCAGACGGUCUCUUCCGGAGUAAUUUAACGCACAAGGACGACGAGGACGAUUUGAUUCAGAAGAGCAAGUCACGAGCGGGAACAGGCGAAGUAGUCCAUGCGAAGUAUGUCAUCGGAUGUGAUGGUGCACGCAGCUGGACUCGCCGUACCUUGGGCUUCGAGUUACAGGGCGAGGCAACGGAUUUUAUCUGGGGUGUCCUUGACAUUAUACCCAUUACUGAUUUUCCUGAUAUCCGAAUGCGAUGUGCUAUUCAUUCGGCUGAGAAUGGUAGCUUGAUGGUAAUCCCUCGCGAAAAUAAAUUAGUCCGACUUUAUAUCCAGUUGAAGGAGGUAACUCCGGACGCUUCCGGCCGCGCAGACAGGUCUAAGAUCACUCCCGAUCUCAUUUUGAAUGCCGCCAGAAAGAUUCUUAGUCCGUAUAAAAUCGACUACGAAUACUGCGAUUGGUGGACUGCGUAUCAGAUUGGACAAAGAGUUGGCACACAAUUUGACGCUCAUGAGCGCGUCUUUCUUGCCGGAGAUGCUGUACACACACAUUCCCCGAAAGCUGGCCAGGGUAUGAAUGUUUCUAUGCACGACACUUAUAAUCUUGGCUGGAAAGUAGCCCUUGUCGCGAAAGGUAUCGCAAAGCCGAGUAUUUUGAGCACCUACCAAACUGAGCGGCGCGCCAUAGCUCGUGAUCUCAUUAACUUUGAUCAUCGCUUUAGUAGGUUAUUCUCCGGGAGACCAGCUAAGGGUGUCAUGGAUGCCGAAGGUGUAAGUAUGGAGGAGUUCAAAGAAGCCUUUCUAAAAGGCAACCUAUUCGCAUCCGGCCUGAUUGUCAAUUAUGGACCCAGUAACCUUGUCGCGAAGGCCGUACAUGAAUCAGAACAGAGUGAGCUAAGCAAUUCGACCUCCACAAGCAUAUCAGUCGAGACAUUCGCGAAGAAACAGGCUCUGGCUACCGGCCUCCCUGUUGGGAUGCGCUUCAAUAGCUUCAAGGUAGUUAACCAGUCCGAUGCGCGACCUUGGCACUUUCAACAGAAGCUCAAGUCCGAUGGUCGAUUCCGCGUGGUCCUUUUUGCAGGAAAUAUUUUGAACCCCUCACAGAAGAACCGCGUAGAACAAUUCUGUGAGGCUCUCGAUGCGCCAAAUAGCUUUUUUCGUACUUUCAACCCUGCUAGCCCACCACUGGACACGGUAAUCGAGGUUUUGACAAUACACUCUGCCAAGAGGACUGAAACAGACUUGAUCAGAGAUUUCCCUGAGAUUCUUCAUCCUUUCAAUACGCAUACUGGGUGGGACUACGAUAAAGUGUUUGUGGACGACGCAAGCUACCACGAGGGCGUUGGGGAUGCUUAUAUCAACUACGGGGUAGACAAGGAGCGAGGGUGCGUUGUGGUGGCAAGGCCUGACCAAUAUGUCGGCUGGGUCGGUGAUCUUGAGGACUUUGAUGACCUGCAGAGAUAUUUUGAGGGAUGCCUCGUGCUUAGUGCUCAGGCAUGAUUAUUGAGAUCUUCACAUAUUAAUAUAUAGCAUAUCGUAGACACGGGUUGACCUAAACAUCUACGAAUAUGGGUGCGUGGGGAAACAAGCGUCCAUUACUUACCUUAGGUACCUAUAUAUAUCUUAACCUACCUUGGUAGACUACUCUGAUAUUAGUUAUUUGGAUUAGUUUGACCUAGCUCGGUAGCCAAGGAAUCUCCUUCGUAUAUAUUCAAUACAGAUACUGGAAAUGUAGCUUGU